AUGACUACUUUAGAUUAUAAAAAUAAGAUAAUUCUUGCUCCAAUGGUCAGAAUCGGGACUUUACCGAUGCGACUUUUAGCUUUAGAAUACGGCGCAGAUCUAGUUUAUUCACCCGAAAUAGUAGAUAAGAAAAUGAUUGCUUCAGAACGGCAAUUCGACGAAAAGACGGGGAUAAUUUCAUACGUAGAUAAUAAAAAUUCUGUGUCGUUUACAACUCAUCCGAUUGAAAAAUCAAAAUUAAUUUUUCAGAUUGGAACAGCUGAUCCUGAUCUCGCACUGCAAGCGGCAUUGAAAGUAAAACAAGAUGUUGCAGGCAUCGACGUAAAUUGUGGUUGCCCCAAAAAGUUUUCUAUCCAAGGUGGUAUGGGCGCGGCUUUGCUAUCAAAUCAAGAUAAAUUGAAGGCUAUAUUAAUAAACUUAGUGCAAAAUUGUGGCCUUCCUGUGACUUGUAAAAUAAGGAUGCUAGAUACUAAAGAAAAAACAAUAGAAAUUUGUAAAAUGAUAGAAUCUACGGGAGUCAGGGCUAUCGCAGUUCAUUGUAGAACACGUGAUGAGAGACCAAGAGACCCUGGACAUUGGGAUAUCUUCAGUGACAUUGUUGAAAAUAUAAAGUCAAUACCAGUUAUUGCAAAUGGUGAUGUAUUUCAACGUUCGGAUAUAGUAAGAUUAAGAGAAUUGUCAAAUGUAAGUUCGAUCAUGAUUGCUCGUGCAGCUGAAGAAAAUGUAUCGAUAUUUCGUCAAGAAGGAACUUUUCCACUUGAGGAUGUUGUUAUUUCAUACAUCAAAAAAGCAUUGGAAGUCGGCAACAGCUGGCCGAACACAAAAUAUGCCCUAAUGCAAAUGUACGCAACACAUUCGAAAGAACCAAAAUAUAAAUUAUUAGUUCAUACAAAAUCUUAUGAAGAACUGUGUAAAAUUUACGGCUUGGAAGCCUUUUUCGAAAAAGCGAAUUUAACUGGACUACUGACAAAAAAUGGAAAAAAUUUGAUCAAAUUUGAUGUUUCUAAUAAAUUAGAAAAUACGAGUAGUAACAAAAGAAAAAAUACAGAAUAUCAGUCAGAGCUUGAAAACAAUAAGAUAAAAAAGGCUAAAAUGAUAUGCGACUUUUAUUCUCCAAUGCUUGCGAACCAGAAAGAACCAAUAGGUGCGAAGUCUGAAACUCUUCGACUGUCAGCUUUCUUGGCUGAUAGUCUUUCUGUUGGAUGUUUAAAGGGAUUUAAACAUUUUGAAGUAUAUGUGAGAGGUCGGGAAGAGCUGUUAUUACGCGUUUACAUUGAUAGCCGACCCCGAAAUUUAACUGAAGAAAGCGAUAGAAUAAAUUAUAACUCUUUAUCGCUUGCAAAAUUUCAGAGUAAUGCAUUAUUUUCACCGAAAACGCGGCGAACACUCAGUAACGGAUCUGAUUCUAUGGAAAUGACAUCACCACCAUCAAGUCCUUUAGACGAAGAAUUGGAGAAGGCAAGAAGAAGCAAACCAUGUUUUCUUGAUAGCUGGGUAUGCAAGUUAAGAUCAAACCAUAAGCGAUUAAUUCAGCUUCAAGAUGAUCAAAAAUUGGAAACAGAUAAUCCUUUAAAACUUGAUACUAUAGCGGCGUGGAAAACUCAAGAUAUAAAGUUAUGGGAUAUAAUUGCAGAAGUGAUAACGUUGAGUCUUUCACCACCACCAGAAAAUCCAUUUGAAAUAGAUCAUUCAUACUAUGAUACAUUGCCGCUUGAAGAAUGUGCAGUAAGCACAGGUGCUAUGGUUGAUUUUCUUCAAAAAGUCUAUUUGAAGGAUACAAACUAUGCAGACAAAGUUUUUGAAGAUAUGAAAAUAUUACAACAACGACAUUUUGCAGCAUUUGACGAAAUGAAUGAAGCGUUAAAUGCCAAUGCAUUAGAAAAAUCGAAUCCCUCUUCAGGUGUAUCAGCAAUUAAUUGA